AAAGUCUGAAGCGCGGUUAUCACCUUUACCGAUCUCGCUAUUCGCCGCCAUUUUUACAAACCGAUCAGAUUCAUAGAAGCUUCGAGAAGAGAGAAAUGGCGCAACCGAGCAAAGAGCCGUGCAAGAAACAGGCAUGCGACAUUCAAUCUUGCCUCUCAAAAAACAAUUUCAAUUCUCAAAGGUGCAUACGAGUCAUAGAGCUGCUGCAAUCAUGCUGCGAAGAUUGCAAAUACAACUCAACCCAUUGUGCGUCUUUAUCUGGCCUACUUAAACAAAAACCACAACCAAAAACUGCCCAGUAAGGCUUGAUUUGUGUUCAUCUUAAGAGAUUAACCAUCAUGAUGAGGAUAAGCAUUUCCUUGCAGUAUAUAUUGUAGGAAACAGUAAAUGUCAUAUUAAAGGAGGAUGGAAAAAAAAGAUAGGUAUGUGAAUAAUUUACGAGCAAUUCGUAACUUAGUAAAAACUGCGCCCAUUUUUACCCGAGUUUGUACUCUGAUUUACAAGUUGCAACUUAGAUGCUUCUGUGAGUGGAGAUAGACUAUGUUUUUACUUUUUGGAUUGAUGGAAUUGGAAUUUUAGUUUCAAUUCUUGUAACUUAGUAAAAACUGAAAUUUUUUAUCUUGAGUUUUGUA